GGGUCGCACCUGCCUGCCUGACCCGCAUCGGCUCCGGUCUCAAGAUGCAGGCAGCCCUGGAAGUCACUGCUCGAUACUGUGGCCGGGAACUGGAGCAGUAUGGCCAGUGUGUGGCGGCCAAGCCUGAAUCAUGGCAGCGGGACUGUCACUACCUUAAGAUGAGCAUUGCUAGAUGCACAUCCUCCCACCCAAUCAUCCGUCAAAUCCGCCAAGCCUGUGCUGAGCCUUUUGAGGCCUUCGAGGAGUGUCUUCGAAAGAAUGAGGCAGCUGUAGGCAACUGUGCAGAGCAUGUGCGCCGCUUCCUGCAGUGUGCUGAGCAGGUGCAGCCACCACGCUCCCCCACAACUCUGGAGGCACAGCCACUUCCUGCCUCCUGAGGACUCCUUUGACUGCAGGAAAACUGAACACGAUGGCUAGUUACUUGACGUCCUCACCCCCGCAGAGUGACCAGAUGGAGUCUUGAGGGCCCUGGCUGUGGGCCUGGCUUUCCUGGAUGUCAGGACUCUCAAUAAAUAAAGACUCUGUAUACUGGG